UAUAGUGGAGGUGGGUCCAUGCACCGAGUAUCUGAUUUUGCUGAUAAAUUUCUCGACUCCUCGGAGGCCUGAAAAUCACGAGGGAAAUUUGUAGCGGAAGUGCAACACUCUGCUAAUCGUGUAAAAACCCCUAAAUUCCCCCAUCAAACCCUUGCCACCAUUUCUAUUCUUUCUCCCUGAAUCAAACGCGAAACCGCUCAAGCCCUCAACAAAUCACACCACUCUCCUCUGUCCGAAGCCUUUGCUUAUUGAAGUAGAAUUUGGAGCAGAACCAAGCGAAUAUCCUUCACUGUGAAACCCUAGAGUGCGAAUUUGAUAAGGAAGUACUUGUUCUCUGAAGGACCAGAGUUAGGGUUUUUUUUUUUUUUUCUCAAGUCUCGACUGCUCGGCGUCGCCAUGAGUCCUAUUCAGAAUUUUGAGCAACAUUCUCGUCAGCUAGUGGAGCCUGACCUCCCAAUUCAGUCAAGGCUGCAGAUGGCAAUGGAGGUACGAGAUAGUCUUGAGAUUGCCCACACAGCAGAGUACUUGAAUUUCCUUAAGUGCUACUUCAGGGCAUUCUCAGUCAUUCUUUUACAAAUUACAAAGCCGCAGUUCAUAGAUAAUCCUGAGCACAAGCUUCGGAACAUUGUUGUGGAAAUCCUUAAUCGUCUUCCUCACAGUGAAGUUCUCCGCCCCUUUGUUCAGGACCUCUUGAAGGUUGCAAUGCAAGUGCUAACAACAGAUAAUGAGGAAAAUGGAUUGAUUUGUAUUCGGAUUAUCUUUGAUCUUCUUCGGAAUUUUAGGCCAUCACUAGAAAAUGAAGUUCAGCCAUUCUUAGACUUUGUAUGCAAGAUAUACCAUAAUUUUAAAUCAACUGUCAGUCAUUUCUUUGAUAAUGUAACACCACCUGUAGAGGAUAUUAAACCAAUGGAGACUUCUUCUUCAGAUCAAGUGAUUACUGGUACUGCAUUUGUUGGAAAUGGGCACCUUAACCCUAGUAACCGUUCAUUCAAGAUUGUUACAGAGAGUCCACUUGUGGUGAUGUUUUUGUUUCAAUUAUAUAGUCGACUUGUUCAAACUAAUAUUCCUCACUUGUUGCCUUUGAUGGUUGCUGCGAUAUCUGUUCCGGGCCCUGACAAGGUUCCUUCUAAUUUGAAGAGUCACUUCAUUGAACUGAAGGGUGCACAGGUUAAGACAGUUUCCUUCUUAACUUACCUGUUGAAGAGUUUUGCUGAUUAUAUUAGGCCCCAUGAAGAAAGCAUAUGUAAAAGCAUUGUGAAUCUGCUUGUUACAUGUUCUGACUCUGUAUCCAUUAGAAAGGAAUUGUUAGUCGCUUUAAAGCAUGUCCUUGGGACAGAUUUCAAGAGGGGGUUAUUUCCUUUAAUUGACACACUUCUAGAAGAGAGGGUUCUAGUUGGAACUGGUCGAGCAUGUUAUGAGACACUGAGGCCAUUGGCUUAUAGUCUACUGGCAGAGAUUGUUCAUCAUGUUCGGAGUGAUCUUUCCUUAUCACAGUUGUCACGGAUUAUAUACCUGUUCUCAAGUAACAUGCAUGAUGCCUCAUUGUCACUUAGUAUCCACACCACCUGUGCCCGGUUGAUGUUGAAUCUGGUAGAACCAAUUUUUGAGAAAGGUGUGGAUCAACCUUCUAUGGAUGAAGCUCGGAUUCUACUGGGGCGUAUUUUGGAUGCUUUUGUUGGAAAAUUUAGCACUUUUAAGCGUACCAUUCCACAGCUAUUGGAGGAAGGUGAGGAAGGAAAUGAACGUGCUACUUUGAGGUCAAAGCUUGAAUUACCUGUGCAGGCAGUUUUGAACUUGCAAGUUCCGGUGGAACAUUCCAAGGAAGUCAGUGAUUGUAAGAAUCUGAUCAAGACUUUAGUUAUGGGAAUGAAGACUAUCAUAUGGAGCAUCACUCAUGCACACUUGCCACGAUCACAGGUUUCUCCUUUUGCACAUGGAACACACUCACAAGCACUUGUCUCACCAUCAUCUAACUUACCAGCUCCUCAAGCGUUUAAAGGGAUGAGAGAAGAUGAGGUGUGGAAAGCCUCUGGUGUCCUGAAGAGCGGUGUACAUUGCUUAGCCCUCUUUAAGGAGAAGGAUGAGGAGAGAGACAUGCUGAAUCUCUUUUCCCAGAUUCUGGCUAUUAUGGAACCUAGAGAUCUUAUGGACAUGUUCUCAUUGUGUAUGCCUGAGCUUUUUGAAUGCAUGAUUAGCAACACUCAACUGGUUCACAUAUUUUCUUCUCUUUUGCAAUCUCAGAAAGUGUACCGGCCAUUUGCUGAUGUCUUAGUUAACUUUCUUGUUAGCAGCAAACUUGAUGUUCUGAAGCACCCAGAUUCACCUGCUGCUAAACUGGUUCUGCAUCUCUUUCGAUUUAUAUUUGGUGCUGUUGCUAAGGCACCUGCAGAUUUUGAACGUAUUUUGCAGCCUCAUGUGCCUGUUAUAAUGGAAGUUGGCAUGAAGAAUGCUACAGAAGUUGAAAAACCUCUUGGUUACAUGCAACUUCUUCGUACAAUGUUUAAAGCGCUUGCAGGAUGUAAAUUUGAGCUUCUUCUUCGAGACCUGAUCCCUAUGUUGCAACCCUGCUUAAAUAUGUUAUUGACAAUGCUUGAGGGUCCAACUGGGGAAGAUAUGAGGGACCUUCUGCUGGAGCUAUGCUUAACAUUGCCUGCACGCUUAAGUGCAUUGCUACCAUAUCUUCCCCGUCUUAUGAAGCCUCUUGUUUUGUGUCUAAAGGGAAGUGAUGACCUAGUGAGUUUAGGUCUAAGAACACUUGAGUUUUGGGUGGAUAGUUUGAAUCCUGAUUUCCUAGAACCUAGUAUGGCUAAUGUAAUGUCAGAGGUGAUUUUAGCUUUAUGGUCUCACUUGAGACCUGCACCCUACCCUUGGGGUGGAAAAGCAUUGCAACUCCUUGGCAAGUUAGGUGGCCGUAACAGACGUUUUCUUAAAGAGCCUCUUGCCCUUGAGUGCAAGGAGAACCCAGAGCAUGGGCUUCGGUUGAUUCUUACAUUUGAGCCAUCAACCCCAUUUUUGGUGCCUUUGGAUCGAUGCAUAAAUCUUGCUGUAGCAGCUGUCAUGCAUAAAAACAGUGGCAUGGAUGCUUUCUACCGAAAACAGGCUCUAAAGUUUCUCCGUGUUUGUUUAUCUUCUCAGCUUAAUUUGCCUGGCAGUGUUUCUGAUGAGGGAUGUACAGCCAGGCAGCUGUCAACCUUAUUAGUUUCUUCAUUUGAUUCAUCCUGGCGCAGGUCAGAGACAUCAGAUAUAAAGGCUGAUUUAGGUGUGAAGACAAAGACCCAACUUUUGGCCGAGAAGUCGGUUUUCAAGAUUCUGUUAAUGACCAUAAUUGCUGCCAGUGCAGAACCAGAACUCCACGACUCCAAAGACGAUUUUGUUGUCAAUAUCUGUCGCCAUUUUGCAAUGAUAUUUCAUAUUGAUUAUACCUCAGCUAACCCUUCUAUUCCAACAGCUGCCGUUGGUGGUCCUCUGCUUUCUUCAAAUGCUAGUGCCUCCAGGUCAAAGAAUAGCACUUCCAAUUUGAAAGAGUUGGACCCUUUGAUAUUUUUAGAUGCUUUGGUUGAUGUGUUAGCAGAUGAGAAUAGAGUCCAUGCGAAAGCCGCUCUUAAUGCUCUAAAUUUGUUUGCUGAAACGCUUCUGUUCCUUGCUCGCUCAAAACAUGCUGAUGUGGUGAUGUCAAGAGGAGGCCCAGGUACUCCAAUGAUUGUCUCUAGUCCAUCAAUGAAUCCUGUAUAUUCACCACCUCCGAGUGUUCGCAUCCCAGUUUUUGAGCAACUUCUACCUCGUCUUUUGCAUUGCUGCUAUGGAAGUACAUGGGAAGCUCAAAUGGGAGGUGUUAUGGGACUUGGUGCUUUAGUAGGAAAAGUCACUGUUGAGACUUUGUGCCUUUUCCAAGUCAGAAUAGUGCGUGGUCUGGUAUAUGUUCUCAAAAAGCUUCCUCUUUAUGCAACCAAAGAGCAGGAAGAGACUAGUCAAGUGCUAACACAGGUUCUUCGGGUGGUGAAUAAUGUUGAUGAAGCAAACAGUGAUUCACGCAGGCAAAGUUUUCAAGGGGUGGUUGAUUUUUUGGCUUCAGAAUUAUUCAAUCCCAAUGCAUCUAUUAUUGUGAGAAAGUGUGUGCAGUCUUGUUUGGCUCUUUUGGCCAGUAGGACAGGUAGUGAAGUAUCGGAGUUGCUUGAGCCUCUGUAUCAGCCUUUGCUUCAGCCUCUUAUCAUGCGGCCCCUACGAUCAAAGACUGUUGAUCAACAGGUUGGGACAGUUACAGCUUUAAAUUUUUGCUUGGCCCUGAGGCCCCCUCUUCUUAAGUUGACUCAAGAACUGGUCAACUUUCUCCAAGAAGCACUGCAAAUAGCUGAGGCAGAUGAAACUGUAUGGGUUGUGAAGUUCAUGAAUCCUAAAAUGGCCACUUCAUUAAAUAAACUUCGAACAGCUUGCAUAGAGCUACUCUGUACUACGAUGGCAUGGGCAGAUUUCAAAACUCCAAAUCAUGCUGAACUACGUGCUAAGAUCAUUUCCAUGUUCUUCAAGUCCUUGACAUGCCGCACUCCAGAAAUUGUAGCAGUUGCUAAGGAGGGCCUACGACAGGUCAUUAAUCAGCAAAGGAUGCCCAAAGAACUUCUGCAGAGCAGCCUGAGGCCAAUUCUAGUGAACUUGGCACACACGAAAAAUCUUAGCAUGCCUCUUCUGCAGGGUCUUGCCCGCCUGCUUGAACUUUUGUCCAAUUGGUUUAAUGUUACCUUGGGUGGCAAGCUAUUGGAGCACCUUAAGAAAUGGUUAGAACCUGAAAAGCUUUCCCAGAGUCAAAAGUCAUGGAAGGCUGGUGAAGAGCCUAAAAUUGCAGCCGCUAUUAUUGAGCUUUUUCACUUGCUUCCUCAUGCUGCAUCCAAGUUUCUUGAUGAACUUGUAACCUUGUGCAUUGAUUUGGAAAGAGCUCUCCCCCCUGGACAAGUAUACAGUGAAAUUAACAGUCCAUAUCGCCUUCCUCUAACUAAAUUUUUAAAUCGAUAUGCAACACUUGCCAUUGAUUAUUUUCUUGCUCGAUUAAGUGAUCCAAAAUACUUCAGACGGUUCAUGUAUAUAAUACGAUCAGAUGCUGGCCAACCAUUGAGAGAUGAACUUGCAAAGUCACCGCAGAAGGUACUUGCAAGUGCCUUUCCUGAGUUUCUGCCAAAAGCUGAUGCAACAAUGACUCCUGGAUCUUCAAGUGCACUUGGUGCUUUAAUGGGUGAUGAAGGCCUUACUACCACUUCAUCUGAUGGUUCUAAUUUACUGUCUGUUCCCCCUGCUGCAAGUUCAGAUUCUUAUUUUCAAGGGCUUGCACUCAUUAAAACAUUGGUCAAAUUGAUUCCUGGAUGGUUGCAUAGUAAUCGUACAGUGUUUGAUACUUUAGUACUUGUGUGGAAGUCACCUGCGAGAACUACUCGUUUGCACAAUGAACAAGAGCUGAACUUAGUGCAAGUUAAAGAAAGCAAAUGGCUUGUCAAAUGCUUCCUGAAUUACUUGCAACAUGACAAAACUGAAAUUAAUGUUCUCUUUGAUAUUCUCUCCAUCUUCUUGUUUCAUUCUCGCAUUGACUACACUUUUUUGAAGGAGUUCUAUAUUAUUGAGGUGUCAGAAGGUUAUCCACCCAACUUGAAGAGAGCACUUCUCUUGCAUUUUUUGAACCUUUUCCAAUCAAAACAACUUGCUCAUGAUCAUUUGGUGGUGGUUAUGCAAAUGCUCAUUCUUCCAAUGCUUGCACAUGCCUUCCAGAAUGGCCAAAGUUGGGAGGUUGUUGACCCUGGUAUUAUAAAGACAAUAGUUGACAAACUUCUUGAUCCACCAGAAGAGGUUUCUGCUGAAUAUGAUGAGCCUUUGAGGAUAGAACUUUUGCAGCUUGCCACUCUACUUCUUAAAUAUCUGCAAAAUGACCUUGUUCAUCAUAGGAAAGAACUAAUUAAAUUUGGUUGGAAUCAUCUCAAACGUGAAGACAGUGCUAGUAAGCAGUGGGCCUUUGUCAAUGUUUGCCACUUCCUGGAGGCCUAUCAGGCCCCAGAAAAAAUUAUUCUUCAGGUCUUUGUUGCACUUCUCAGAACUUGCCAGCCUGAAAAUAAACUGCUGGUCAAGCAGGCCCUUGAUAUACUAAUGCCAGCAUUACCUCGAAGGUUGCCUCUUGGGGAUUCUCGCAUGCCAAUUUGGAUACGAUACACAAAAAAAAUUCUGGUUGAAGAAGGUCAUUCUAUACCUAAUCUGAUUCACAUUUUCCAGCUCAUUGUGCGCCAUUCAGAUCUCUUCUAUAGCUGCAGAGCACAGUUUGUUCCUCAGAUGGUCAACUCUCUCAGUCGGCUUGGAUUGCCAUAUAAUACUACAGCAGAAAACAGGCGCCUUGCCAUUGAACUUGCUGGAUUGGUGGUCGGUUGGGAGAGGCAAAGGCAAAAUGAAAUGAAAAUUGUGCCUGAUAAUGAUGUGCCAAGCCAGACUAAUGAUGGAUUUAACCCUGGUGCAGCGAGUGCUGAUCCAAAGCGUGUGGUGGAUGGAUCUACAUUCCCUGAAGAUCCAAGUAAGAGAGUUAAAGUUGAACCUGGUCUUCAAUCCCUGUGCGUCAUGUCACCUGGUGUUGCAUCAUCAAUACCUAACAUAGAAACCCCAGGAUCUGGUGGUCAACCUGAUGAAGAGUUUAAACCAAAUGCUGCUAUGGAAGAAAUGAUUAUAAAUUUCCUUGUAAGGGUUGCCUUGGUCAUAGAACCCAAGGAUAAAGAAGCAAGUAUCAUGUACAAGCAAGCCUUAGAUCUUCUUUCACAAGCACUGGAGGUGUGGCCAAAUGCCAAUGUCAAAUUCAAUUAUUUGGAAAAACUUCUCAGCAGCAUUCAGCCAUCACAGUCAAAGGACCCUUCAACGGCACUUGCACAAGGCUUGGAUGUCAUGAACAAGGUUUUGGAUAAGCAGCCUCAUUUGUUCAUUAGAAAUAACAUCAGCCAGAUAUCUCAAAUUCUGGAACCCUGUUUCAAACAUAAAAUGUUAGAUGCUGGAAAGUCGCUGUGCUCUCUGUUGAAGAUGGUCUUUGUUGCUUUUCCGCCAGAUGCAGCUACCACACCAACAGACGUGAAGCUUUUGUAUCAGAAAGUUGAUGAACUGAUACAGAAGCAUAUCAGUAUUCUUACAGCUCCCCAGACAUUGAGUGAGGACAACUCUGCCCAUUCAAUUAGCUUUGUGCUGCUUGUUAUUAAGACCUUGACAGAGGUGGAGAAGCACACUGACCCAUUUAACUUGUCUCGCAUCCUUCAACGCCUAGCACGUGAUAUGGGAUCAUCAGCAGGCUCUCAUUUGAGACAAGGUCAGAGAACAGAUCCAGAUUCAGCAGUCUCUUCUUCCCAUCAGGGUUCUGAUCUUGGUGCUGUCAUUUCUAAUCUGAAAUCUGUAUUGAAGCUUAUCAGUGAAAAAGUCAUGGUUGUCACAGAUUGCAAACGAUCUGUAACUCAAAUCUUGAAUUCUUUGCUCUCAGAGAAAGGAACUGAUGCUAGUGUGCUUCUUUGCAUCCUAGAUGUGAUAAAAGGGUGGAUUGAAGAUGACUUUAGCAAACAGGGAGCAGUCCCUUCAAGUGCUUUUCUUAAUCCUAAGGAAAUAGUCUCUUUUCUGCAAAAGCUUUCGCAAGUUGAUAAGCAGAACUUCCAACCUGAUGCUUUGGAAGAGUGGAACAGAAAAUAUCUUCAGCUCCUUUAUGGAAUUUGUGCUGAUUCGAACAAAUAUCCACUGGCCUUACGUCAAGAGGUGUUUCAGAAGGUGGAAAGACAAUUCAUGCUUGGUUUACGUGCAAAGGAUCCUGACAUUAGGAUGAAGUUCUUCUCACUUUAUCAUGAAUCUCUAGGGAAAACAUUGUUUACAAGACUGCAGUAUAUCAUCCAAGUCCAGGACUGGGAAGCUCUAAGUGAUGUUUUCUGGCUCAAACAAGGUCUUGAUCUGCUUCUGGCUAUCUUAGUUGAGGAUAAACCCAUCACGCUUGCUCCAAAUUCUGCCAGAGUGUUGCCACUCUUGGUCUCAAAUUCUCUUCCAGAUGGUUCUGGGAUGCAACAACAGGUUACUGAUGUUCCGGGGGGUCUUGAGGAAGCACCUUUAACACUUGAUAGCCUUGUCCUUAAGCACGCUCAGUUUUUGAAUGAGAUGAGCAAACUUCAGGUAGCUGAUCUUGUUAUUCCAUUGAGAGAGCUGGCGCAUACAGAUGCUAAUGUUGCAUACCAUUUGUGGGUGCUGGUAUUCCCCAUUGUCUGGGUGACCUUGCAUAAGGAAGAACAGGUAACAUUAGCUAAACCGAUGAUUACUCUUCUUUCAAAAGAUUAUCAUAAGAAGCAACAAGCCAGCAGACCAAAUGUUGUGCAAGCACUUCUAGAAGGUCUUCAGUUGAGCCACCCUCAACCUCGGAUGCCAAGUGAACUCAUUAAAUAUAUUGGAAAGACUUAUAAUGCAUGGCACAUUGCCUUGGCUUUACUGGAAAGUCAUGUCAUGUUGUUUAUGAAUGACACGAAGUGCUCCGAGUCACUGGCUGAGCUUUAUCGUUUGCUCAAUGAAGAAGAUAUGCGGUGUGGAUUGUGGAAGAAAAGGUCAAUCACAGCGGAAACCAGAGCUGGACUUUCACUAGUCCAGCAUGGUUACUGGCAGCGUGCUCAAAGCCUCUUUUACCAGGCCAUGGUAAAGGCAACUCAAGGAACAUACAACAACACAGUACCAAAGGCUGAGAUGUGUCUUUGGGAAGAACAAUGGCUUUAUUGUGCGAACCAGCUCAGUCAGUGGGAUGCCUUAAUUGACUUUGGUAAAAGUGUUGAGAAUUAUGAAAUUCUUCUUGAUACCCUUUGGAAAUUACCUGAUUGGACAUAUAUGAAGGAUCAUGUUAUUCCCAAGGCUCAGGUUGAAGAAACUCCAAAACUUCGUCUGAUUCAGGCCUUUUUUGCCCUUCAUGAUAGAAAUGCAAAUGGUGUCGGGGAUGCUGAUAACAUAGUGGGGAAAGGUGUUGAUCUUGCAUUAGAACAUUGGUGGCAGUUGCCUGAAAUGUCUGUUCAUGCUAGGAUUCCUCUUUUGCAACAAUUCCAGCAGCUGGUUGAAGUUCAAGAGUCUGCUCGAAUUCUGGUGGAUAUUGCUAAUGGGAACAAAGUUUCUGGCAGUUCUGUUGUUGGGGUGCAUGGAAAUCUGUAUGCAGAUCUCAAGGACAUUCUUGAGACUUGGAGACUAAGAACACCAAAUGAAUGGGAUAAUAUGUCUGUUUGGUAUGAUUUGCUGCAGUGGAGGAAUGAAAUGUAUAAUGCUGUCAUUGAUGCAUUCAAGGAUUUUGGCAAUACAAAUUCACAACUUCAUCACCUUGGCUAUCGUGAUAAAGCGUGGAAUGUGAAUAAGCUUGCUCAUAUUGCUCGUAAGCAAGGCCUUUAUGAUGUUUGUGUGAUAAUUCUUGAGAAGAUGUAUGGCCAUUCAACCAUGGAAGUGCAGGAAGCCUUUGUCAAGAUUAGAGAACAAGCAAAGGCUUAUCUGGAGAUGAAGGGAGAGCUUACAAGUGGUCUCAAUUUGAUAAGCAGCACUAACUUGGAAUAUUUUGCUGUGAAACAUAAAGCAGAGAUUUUUCGUCUCAAGGGGGAUUUUCUAUUAAAACUAAGCGACUCUGAAAAUGCUAAUCUUGCAUAUUCACAUGCCAUCAGUCUUUUCAAAGGUUUGCCAAAAGGAUGGAUAAGCUGGGGAAACUAUUGUGAUAUGGCUUUCAAAGAAACCCACGAUGAGAUUUGGCUUGAAUAUGCAGUUAGCUGCUUUCUUCAAGGUAUCAAAUAUGGUGUUUCCAAUUCCAGAAGCCAUCUAGCUCGGGUUCUAUAUCUUCUGAGCUUUGAUACUCCCAAUGAGCCUGUGGGGAGGGCAUUUGAUAAAUACUUGGACCAAAUACCCAACUGGGUAUGGCUUUCUUGGAUUCCACAACUUUUACUUUCCUUGCAGAGGGCAGAGGCACCUCACUGCAAACUUGUUUUGUUGAAGAUUGCCACUGUGUAUCCACAGGCUUUGUAUUACUGGCUUCGUACAUAUUUGCUUGAGCGUCGUGAUGUUGCAAAUAAAUCCGAACUAGGCAGAUUGGCAAUGGCUCAGCAAAGAAUGCAGCAAAAUGUGCCUGGGGCUGGGGCAGGGGCAGGGGCUGGGGCUGGUUCCCUUGGAAUAUCUGAUGGAAAUGCAAGGUUACAGACCACAGACAAUCAAGUUCACCAAGGCCCUCAACCUGGUAGUGGAAUUGGGUCUCAUGAUGGUGGAAACUCUCAUGGGCAGGAACCUGAAAGGUCUGCAGCCACAACAGUUGAGAGCAGUGUCCAUGCGGGGAAUGAUCAACCUUUGCAACAAAAUUCUUCAACUAUCAAUGAUAGCGGUCAGAAUGCAUUAAGGCGUGGUGCUCUGGGAUUUGUUGCAUCUGCUGCCAGUGCUUUUGAUGCUGCAAAGGACAUAAUGGAGGCCCUUAGAAGCAAACACACUAAUUUGGCUAGUGAACUUGAGGUCCUACUCACAGAAAUUGGUUCACGUUUUGUUACUUUGCCAGAGGAGAGACUUCUUGCAGUGGUUAAUGCGCUGCUCCACCGUUGUUACAAGUAUCCAACUGCUACUACAGCAGAAGUUCCUCAGUCUCUCAAGAAGGAACUUUCUGGAGUUUGCAGGGCUUGCUUCUCUGCUGAUGCUGUGAACAAGCAUGUUGAUUUUGUGAGAGAAUACAAGCUGGAUUUUGAGCGCGAUCUUGAUCCAGAAAGUACAGUUACCUUCCCUGCCACCCUUUCUGAACUUACCGAGCGAUUGAAACAUUGGAAAAAUGUUCUUCAGAGCAAUGUUGAGGACAGGUUUCCUGCCGUCUUGAAGCUUGAAGAAGAAAGCAGGGUGUUACGUGAUUUCCAUGUUGUUGAUGUAGAGGUUCCUGGACAAUAUUUUAUUGAUCAGGAAAUUGCACCAGACCAUACUGUUAAGUUAGAUAGGGUUGGAGCUGAUAUUCCUAUUGUUAGAAGGCAUGGAAGCAGCUUCCGGCGCUUGACUUUGAUUGGCUCUGAUGGCUCACAACGCCAUUUUAUUGUUCAGACAUCUUUGACACCUAAUGCCAGAAGUGAUGAACGCAUAUUGCAGCUUUUCCGUGUUAUGAACCAGAUGUUUGACAAGCACAAAGAAUCAAGACGUCGCCACAUAUGCAUUCACACACCAAUUAUCAUUCCUGUUUGGUCCCAGGUUCGCAUGGUUGAAGAUGAUUUAAUGUACAGCACUUUCCUUGAGGUCUAUGAGAACCAUUGUGCUAGGAAUGACCGAGAGGCAGAUCUCCCAAUUACCUACUUCAAGGAGCAAUUAAACCCAGCUAUAGCUGGGCAAAUAUCACCACAUGAGACUGUUGUAGAUCUCCGCCAUCAAGCUUAUAAUGAAAUAACAAAAACUCUUGUGACUGACAGCAUCUUUUCUCAGUACAUGUACAAGACCCUGCUGAGUGGCAACCAUAUGUGGGCUUUUAAAAAGCAAUUUGCCAUCCAGUUGGCACUCUCAAGUUUCAUGUCAUUCAUGCUUCAAAUUGGAGGAAGGUCUCCAAAUAAGAUAUUAUUUGCCAAGAACACUGGGAAAAUUUUCCAGACAGAUUUUCAUCCUGCAUAUGAUGCAGGUGGAAUGAUCGAGUUUAAUGAACCAGUACCUUUUCGUCUAACAAGGAACAUGCAGGCGUUUUUCUCUCAUUUUGGAGUUGAAGGGCUUAUUGUGUCUGCGAUGUGUGCUGCAGCGCAGGCUGUGGUUUCACCUAAACAAAGUCAACAUUUGUGGCAUCAAUUAGCAAUGUUUUUCCGCGAUGAGCUGCUAUCUUGGUCUUGGAGAAGACCGCUUGGGAUGCCCAUGGCACCCGUUGCUGGAGGGAGUAAUAUGAAUCCCGUUGACUUCAAACAUAAGGUCACUGCCAACGUUGAUCAUGUUAUCAACCGGAUCAAUGGAAUUGCUCCACAAUUUCUCUCUGAAGAGGAGGAAAAUGCGGUUGACCCACCACAGUCGGUGCAGAGGGGUGUGAUUGAGCUGGUUGAAGCUGCCUUGACGCCGAGAAACUUGUGUAUGAUGGAUCCCACAUGGCAUCCCUGGUUUUAAACUAUGUAAAUACGAGUGGAACUUAUAGUUGACAUUUAAUUUUUCAUUAAACGAGAAAUAUUUGAUGGAUCAAUUAUGAAAUCAAUGCUUAAAUCCCUCUUGCACCAUUGCAUCA